AUGGUUAGAAAUAGACCUUCAAAGCGGUCCUCUGUAUGCAAGACAAAGGCUGGCUCCCAGAUAUCCAGUCUCCAAGAACUGACUCUCCUAGAUGGUCCGCUGCAGAAAGAUCCUUGCUCUCCUCCAGAGCUGUUCCAAUCUGGCAACAGUCAACUGGGCCUUGCAGACAGUGUUUACCUGUUGGCAGCAGCCAUCUUCCAAAACAAUCACCUGGUGAGGCCUGCUGCCCACCGCUUGGUAAACUAUGGCAAGCGGCUGGAACUCCCAUUGCCUAAGGUCAAAGAUGAGGCAAUGCAGAAGAAAGCUUAUGAGCUGGCAUUCAACACACUUAAAUAUCAGGAACUGCUGGAGGACAUCAUGAUUGACAGCUGCUUUUGCCUUGCUCAACCAAUGCCAGAUGACCAGAUGAGUUUGGUGACUGUCAUUCUUUACGACCUCCAGGACAGAAAAUUCCUCCCGUGGGAACGCCAAGGGGAGGAAUUUAUACAGGAAGUCAGAGAUGUGGAGAGCUGUCUCCUCAGGUUCAAAACCAAGCUGGCUGCUUCUGUGGCUCGCUGGAGAAUCAAACAUGGUCUCUUGACCAUUGACUCUAUUCUACCUGAGAGUGUUAGGAAGAAACAGGAGAGAGCUAGCAGCUUGCCUCUCUAUGCAUGGAUCAACACACUGAAGAGCAGUCUUGAUGAGGUGUGUGGUGUGCUGAAGACAGCAGGCUUCUCACAGGUGAAAUCAAUCAGGCAAGGGCACACCUUCUACCAGGACCCCCACUGUGAGGAUACGCUGGUGUUCCCUGCCCAGGUUAAAGCUGACCUGCACCGCACCAAGCUGCUCGAUGACCACAAUCUCAUCAUCCAGGAUAAGUCGUGCUGCCUGGGUCCACAUGCGGUAUAUCUGCUUUUGUCCGGGGAGGAAGAUGUUCUGAUGGUGGGCUGCUUCUCCGGCCUCACCGUCUCACACACCGCCUCCCAGAUCACUCUCAACCAACAUGCGUCCAACAGCAAGAACCAGUCCAAAGUUUAUGUGUGCAUUGGUGAUCGUUCAAAGGAAGAGCUGCAGGAGGCUGUCAACAAUAUUGGCUGCAGAAAUGUGAGGCUGAUACCAGAGGUCUUCCAAUCUUUGGACUGUAAUGACACAAGGCUUCAGAAGGUGCGCGUAAUUCUAUUGACCCCACAGUGCUCCUUGUCGGCAAUCAGCAACCCUGUUGAUUUCAUACUGCAGGAGAAUGGAGAUACAGACCUGCUUCAGCACCUAUCCCAGGGUUCCAUAGCCCAGAGCAAGCUGGAAGCUCUGGUAGCGCAACAGAGGAAGGACAUUGAUCACGCCUUGAAGUUCCCCAAGGUUCAGUCAGUGGUGUACUCUACAUGUUCAUCAUACCCAGAAGAGAAUGAGGAGGUGGUGAGGAGAGCCUUGGAGCUGUCUCAGGCCUGGUCAGAGCAGGAAGGGGAGCAGGCCUUUAAGCUCAUCACAACCCUGCAUGGCUGUGGCCUUGCUAAGAAUUCUGAAGUGAUGGGUCCUUUUUUCAGACUUGAACCCUCAGAGCAGAGUAAUGGCUGUUUUUUGGCUAUCCUCACCAGAGAGCCUGAGCCAGUGGUUGAAGAAACAGCACAGGAAGUGCUUGCUAGGGCAAAUAAAAAGGGCCUAUUGGACAGAAUUGGUACCAACCCACUAACCAAAAAAGAGUAUCUUGGAUAUGCUAACCGGAUGGGAAGAGCAACUCACCCCCACACCUCUCAGUCCCGCAACUGUGCCUCCAACAUCAGUACCCAGUCCAGAGCCAAUCAGCCGAGGAACUACAAAGUCAAGGGAAGUGCCUCUGCUACUAUGUUUGAACAACAGGAAGUGAGCAGUGGGCGACUUUCUCUACAAGGAGAGGCCAAAGCUUCUUGCAGGCAGGCCCCAAACAGCACUGUUUCUACCUCCUCUACAUCUUCCAAACUAGCCCAGUUCAUGCCUUGCAAGAGGGCCACCUGCCUAAUCAGUACUGCAAUGCCCACCAAUGGACACCCUUUGUCAACAACCCCCAUGUUCAACUCCAGGUCCACUCCUACCCAAUGUCCAGCACUUUCUGCCCAAGCAGCCGCAGCGGCCCAAUCCCCUAAGGUUCACCAGGAGGUGCUGAGGCCCAUGGCUAUCAACCUGCCUCCUGCCCAGUUCCCCAAUUACUUCCCACCCAAGUACAGCCGGACAGGAGGAUCUGUUUCCUGCUCUCCCACACCUGUAUCCCCCAUGCAUAGCCGCACAAGCCUCAAUAAGCAAGCUCUGGUCAAACCCAAGCCUUGGCUCUGA